AUGGCCCAGUCCAAAGCCAACGGCUCGCACUAUGCGCUGACCGCCAUCGGCCUUGGGAUGCUGGUCCUUGGGGUCAUCAUGGCCAUGUGGAACCUGGUCCCUGGGUUCAGCACUGCGGAAAAGCCGGCUGCUCAGGGGAACAAGACAGAGGUAGGAAGCGGCAUCCUUAAGAGCAAGACCUUCUCUGUGGCCUACGUGCUGGUCGGGGCCGGCGUGAUGCUGCUUCUGCUCUCCAUCUGCCUGAGCAUCCGGGACAAGAGGAAGCAGCGGCGGGGCGAGGAGCUGGCACACAUCCAGCACCCGGGGGUCGAACCACACGCCCACGAGGAGGACAGCCAGGAGGAGGAGGAGGAGGCCUCCUCACGGUACUAUGUCCCUAGCUACGAGGAAGUGAUGAACGCAAACUACUUGGAAACAAGGGAUGCGGACCAGAACCCCCGGAUGAGCAUCUCUCUCCCCUCAUAUGAGUCCUUGACGGGGCUGGAUGAGACGAGCCCCACCACAACCAGGGCCGACGUGGAGACCAGCCCAGGGAACCCCCCCGACAGGCAGAACUCCAAGUUGUCCAAACGCCUGAAGCCGCUGAAAGUGAGAAGGAUAAAAUCCGAAAAGCUUCACCUCAAAGACUUUAGGAUCAACCUGCCAGACAAAAACGUGCCUCCUCCCUCCAUCGAGCCCUUGACACCCCCCCCACAGUACGAUGAGGUCCAGGAGAAGGCCCCUGACGCCCGGCCCCCCGACUGA